CGAGUAAUCUCUCAUUCGCCAGCCGCGACUAACUCGAUUAGGCGGUGACUUUAACUGGGAUUUCCCAAUGUACAUAACUGGGUUACUGGUGUUAAUGCUGAUGCUUUUCGAUGGCAUCGAGUGCGUUGCAUUCUAUACGGAAAAGCCCUCGUACAUUGAAUCGUGUCGAAUCUAUGAGCCCGAGUUCACCAACUGCUCAACCCGUUCGAUUCAGGGAUUCAUGAAUCAGGUAAUCAAAGGCAUACCCGAGAUAGAUGAAACCUUUGGACCGAUUGACCCCAUGAAACAGGACCAGCUGGUGUUCAAUCAGGAUAACAGCGAUGUGGCCAGCAUAUCGGCGAAUCUCACGGAGAUGCUGAUCCGCGGCUUUGGCAAAAUGGUGAUCAAGGAGAGCAAGGUCAGCAAAAAGGACUUUAGCUGGCUGACAAAAAUCUAUUUGCCAACAAUGCGUUUGGAUUGCAAAUAUAAAAUGAUUGGACGCAUUCUGCUCGUGCCCCUCCGAGGGGGCGGCGACAUGUCCAUGGAAAUUGAUGACCUCAACAUACUGAUGAUCACCAGGACACACCUGUACGAGAAGGGCGGCUACACCUUCUACAAUGUGACAUCGGUGCGCGUGAAGCUGGAGGUGGGCAAGGUAAAGACCCACAUGGAUAACCUGUUCAAUGGCCGAAGCAAGGAGGUGGAACAAGGCACCAAUCAGUUCUUCAACGAGAAUUGGCGCGAUCUGUUCGAGGCACUGCGUCCCCUGGUCGCCGAGACUGUGGAGCGGACGCUGCUGAAGCUGCUGCAGCAGCUGUUCAAUCUGAUUCCCGCCAACUUCUUCGUGGAGGAUAUACCCAACUCGCUGAACCUGUACGGUCGAAAGACGCAGCUGAUCGCGUAGGAAGAAGAGUAUUCGUUUAAUGGAUAUCCUGGAUGGUGUUCCCUGACCAUCUUGCUUACGGCUAACUGUUAGUGUAAGGUAAUAAAUGCUAAUCUUAAACGGUAA